AUAGGGAAAGUUUCCUGCUGUGGCAUGAAGUAAAGGAGACAGAUAGAAAAUGACAGAGAGACUUCUGAAAACAUCCCUUGCUUUGCUCUUCCUCGCCCAUUUUGAGGUGCUGGAAGCAACAAAAAUAUCAUGCAGAAAUGAAGAUGGGAAAGCUGUGGAUUGGUUUACCUUUUAUAAAUUACCUAUACAAGUUAAAAGACAAGACAAGGAAAGUAAAGGGAGUGGGUUAGAGUACCUGUACCUAGACUCUACAACUAGAAGCUGGAGGAGGAGUAAGCAGCCAAUGAAUACCACCAGGAGUGUUUUGGGAAGGACGUUACACCAGCUAUAUGAAGCAUAUGCCUCCAAGAGUAACAACACAGCCUACCUAUUAUACAAUGAUGGAGUCCCUAAAUCUGUGACUUACAGCAUGAAGUAUGGACACGCCAAAGGUGUGAUGCUGUGGAACAGAGUCCAGGGGUUCUGGCUGAUUCAUUCUAUUCCCCUGUUUCCUCCAAUCCCUGAAGAAGGCUAUGAUUAUCCACCCACGGGGAGACGAAACGGACAAAGUGGCAUCUGCAUAACUUUCAAGUACAACCAGUAUGAAGCAAUAGAUUCUCAGCUCUUGGUCUGCAACCCAAACAUCUAUAGCUGUUCCAUCCCAGCCACCUUUCACCAGAAGCUCGUUCACAUGUCCCAGUUGUGCACCGGGUCCAGCUCAUCAGAGAUCCCUGGCAGGCACCUCACCAAACUUCAGUCAGCCCAGGGAGAAAAUUUCCUCCAUUUUGCAAAGUCUAAUUCUUUUCUUGAUGACAUCUUUGCAGCCUGGAUGGCUCCACAGCUGAGGACACACUUGCUAACAGAAACCUGGCAACGAACAGGACAAGAGCUUCCUUCAAACUGCUCCCUCCCUUACCAUGUCUACAAUAUCAAAGCAAUUAAGUUGUCUCAACAAUCUUAUUUCAGUUCUUCUCAGGAUCAUGCCAAGUGGUGUAUUUCCCAAAAGGGCACCAAAAAUCACUGGACGUGUAUUGGAGACAUAAAUCGGAGCGCAUCCCAAGCCUUCAGAAGUGGAGGAUUCAUUUGUACCCAGAAUCAGCAUAUUUACCAAGCAUUUCAAGGAUUAGUUUUACGCUAUGAAAAGUGUAACUAAAUUUGGUGAAAGGACACCUGUGCUACCAUUGAAAACUUUGAUAAUUGGUUUUCUUCCAUGGGAGCCAUUCUUUAUAUAUUGAAAGCCUGUUAAUAUACUCAUAAUAAUCUACUUAUCAUAAAAUAAAAUACUUUUCUCCCAUGUU